UGAAUGUGUGAAAUCACCUAUUAUUUAAGCUGAGACUUCUCUGAUCACCUCUUCCAAUAUCAUAAUCCUCUCAGACAGAGCAGCCUUCAGUUUUAGAAAUAACAAUAGUUUCUUACUAUUAGAGUUACUGAGAUAUUUAAGACUCACAUGCAAGCAAACCACCAAAGAAUUUUGUGCAAUCACCACCAUAUACCCAAAAAUCCCUUGUCUUUUUGGUCAGAAACUGGCCAAAACUAAAAGUUGCAUCAGAUGCAUCAGAGCAGCGCUGGGAAUCUCCCCACACCAGACCAGUUGCACUCUGUUGAAUGUGCGCUGCAUAACAACACAAUGGCUCGCUGUAGAGGGAUGUUCACUGCCAGCUUACCCAACCCGAGCCCUUUGAUCCUGCUCUUUGUAAUGCAAAUCAAAAGGAGGAGAGAGUAGGACACCAGGGAGAAUCUUCAUGAUGGUACAUGGUUCAUGCUGAUAGAGGGGGUGCAGUUGUCAACUUCUCACUCAAAAUUUGGGCGACACAAUUAAUCUGGAUGCGUUUGAGAAUGUACUGACUCAUGCAGACAUGUUUGGAAUUGGAACGAUAUCUGCAGACGGAGCCCAAAUGGCUGUCCGACCUUUUCGAUGAGGAACUGGACGGUCUUCUUACCCCGUCCUUCAUGAAGGAAGAUGCAGAUGAAGACCUGUUAGACCCCCUCCUUCCCAGCCUCAACAACCCCCCCAGUCCUCCUCCUCCUCCUACUCACCUUGCCCCACGCAAAGAAACCCUCUCCUCCACUUCCUCUACUUUGACCUCUCCAGACAUCACCUUAGGGGUCAACGCAGCCCAGCUGAAUGCUGUCACCUCCUUAACACCACCCUCGUCUCCAGAACUGGGCCGUCAUUUAGUCAAACCCACGAACACCCUCAGUGCCUCACCCGACGGGACCCUCACGCUCAAGCUAGUGGCCCGUAAGGUGGGCUUGAGCUCUGCCAAGCUUGUGGCAGCCCACCCGGUGCCACUUUCUCCCCAGCAUGGCAGCAGUGGUGCACAGAGCGACGGAGAACAGGGUGGCACCUGCACGAUGGGAGCCGGCGAGAUGGCAGAGAACAAGAAGAGGGUCCAUCGCUGCCAAUUCAAUGGGUGUCGGAAGGUCUACACCAAGAGUUCACAUCUGAAGGCGCAUCAGAGGACACACACAGGGGAGAAGCCGUACAAGUGCUCAUGGGAAGGCUGUGAAUGGCGGUUCGCGAGAAGCGACGAGUUGACAAGGCACUACCGCAAACAUACCGGCGCUAAGCCUUUCAAGUGCAAUCACUGCGACAGGUGUUUCUCUCGAUCUGAUCACUUGGCACUGCACAUGAAGAGGCACAUCUGAGGAGGAAGAGGAGGAUGCGGCAAAAUGGCGAGGAGGAGGAAGAGACAGAAAGAAAGUAGAGGAAGAGAAAGAGAGGGAUUAUGGGAAGGAGUCGGAUACCACUCAGGCCAUUCGCUCAUCCCACCAGAGAGGGGCCCCCCGUAAGGGAACAGGUCUUGAGGUUUGGUCGGCCAGGUCUGACCAUGAAGACGUAAAUUUGGAGGUCUACAGAUCUGAGAAGGUGGUACGACAUCGUAUGUCACUGAAAGACAACGUGCUUCAGUAGGUAUUUGCCUAAUACUUAAAACAUCAAUGACUCGAUUUAGUUGCUACUAUUAUUGUGUUCCAGUGUCUCCAAGAUCCAUUUAAAGCUUUCGUCAAUUUUCCGUAGAGUUCAUCUUACGCAGAUUGUCACAAACGGACAAGCUACCUUUGAACAUUGAUUUGAUUUACUGCACUGUGUGGGACGUGUCCCGAAUGCAUCUCCUUGAGAAAUUUUGGAGAAUAUCAUAACGAUAGGACACCAAUCCAAAGAGAUGGAUUAUUAUUAUAUAUAUAUAUAUAUUUUUUUUUUCCAUUUUGAGUAAGGAUUACCUUUCUGCUUUGAUCCCACCAAUGCACAGCCUAGAUCUAAAGUGGAAUGUCCAUCCAGAGAAAUCUGGAUUUCAAAGGCAAAAGGCAACCAAGUGGAAUCGCCCAUUGGUCAAAUGUGAAUCUCACUAGGGCCAGUGGAGGAAACACUCUCACCUUCUUCAUAGAUGGACAAAUCUCUCUCUUUGAAAUCCCUCCCUGCCAACCAACCGCUGCGCAGCGACACUUUGUGACUUUUUAUAAAGGAAAAAAAAAAUAAGGAAGAGAUCUUUUUGAAUGAUGACUAUGUUAUAUAAUUCAGAAGACUUCUUUUUUGCUUUUCUCCUGUGGAUGUGUACAAAUUAGAAAAAGAUAAAGAAAUAAAAAUGGACCAAAAAAAAAAACUGCCAUAUGCACAAGCGAAGAGUAGUGGAUUCUACACUGGCACAGACCGCAUCUGAGGUGGACUUAAUUUCUAUAGAAAUGCAAACUUUUAGUGGCAAAAAAAAAAGAAAAGGAAAGAAAAGAAAAGCAAUGUUGUUGUUGCACACGUUUUGAGCAUUCCUCAACAUUAUUUAUGACCCAUGAAAUGUUAUGCCAUAAACUUGGGUUCUUUCAGAAUUUCUAGGACUAGCAUGAAAUGAGAAAAGUACCAUGGUUUAUUUGCGGACUUCACAACAGAACAACGGCUUCCAUCAUUCAAGGCAGAGAUUUGUGACCACAAAGUUUAGAUUUUGUAAAUGCAUCACAGAAUGUCCCGAAAAACUGUUCGGACAGACAUUUCCAAUCAAUUAUUUUAGUUUGCACAGAUGAAAGCAUCAUAAGAAAGGUGUGUGUUGUGUGUUUUGCUGGUCCUAUAGGUAACAUCUACAUGUUUAGACUUUGUGAUGUUUUUUUUACUUACACAUUACAUAUCUACCUUGUGUUCCUGGUAAAAAUGGCUGUACAGUGUGGAAAUUGUAUAGUAAAAGUGAGGUUUAAAUUAUAACGUACAAUCAAGUGUGGGAUGGAAAGUGUUCCUGAAUGUAAGGUUGUUUGAUUGUGGACGGCCCUGCACUUAUGCAAUCAUUCAGUCCACUGAAAGGCCUGAUCUGCUCCAGAUAGAUCCCACUGUGGCUCAUGCAUAAAGAUCUACAGAAAUGCUUGCUGAUGAAGGAAGAACUCGCAUAAAAUUAAAAAUCUGUCAUCGUUUACUCACUGUUGUGUCAUUCUGAACGUAUGCAACUUUCUUUACUAAGUGUAGAAGAUGUUUUGAAGAAUGCUCUUUUUCCUAUGGUGAAAAACAGGAACAGAGGCUGUCAAACUCCAUAAAAUGUCAUGGAAGCACCAUAAAAAUAGUCCAAUGUGUCUAAAAACAGACCAAAAUUGAACUUGUUAUUCACAAGUCUUGCUUUGUGCAGUAGCUCUUAAAUCUCUUUCACACUUCCACAUUUUCAAACUUGUAACAAACAAUUACAAGACAUGCAAAAAAGACAUGAAAUUGGAUUUUGGGACUUAGUUAUGAAGUAUCUUCAUGUAUAAAGUUUGCAGGAACAUAGCUAUAAUACGUAAUAUUUCAGAUUUCAAUUGAAGUACAAGUUUUAUGGACUACUUUUGCAGCUAAACUUUUCGGAGCUCCACUUGUUCCUCUUCACUUUCAUAAUAUUUGUUAAAUAUUAUAAACGUUCAGCUAAAAAGAAAGUCAUACAGCUUUGGACUCAACAUGAGGGUCAGUAAAUUAUGACAGUUUGCAUUUUUGUGUGAACCAUCCCUAUUUUCCAACAUCCUGUUUUGUACGCAUUGUGGUGGAAACCACAUUUGUAUGAUUGAACUCAGAGGCCCAGAUCUGAAGAUGUAUAAAAUGAGCACAAAAAUGUAUUUGAUUUAUUUUUAACCAUUGCAUACUGUAUAUAAACAUCAUGAUGCUGAAACUGA